GAAGGGGGUCUGGGGUGGUUGGUGAAGUUUUGAAGUUUGAUUGUGGGGUUGGUUUUUGGUUGAUUUUGGGUCUGUUUGCUGGGGAGUCUCGUCUGAAUUUUUGAGAGCAGAAGAAGGAAAUUCUGAGGAGAAUAGGGGGGUCUUUUGCUGGUUGAUUUUCGAGUUUAGUUUGAAAAGAAGAUCAAUUCUGCUCGUUGGAGGUGGGAAAACAAAAGGGUAUUCUUGCUUUAGGUAAUCUCUUGAACAGAGGGAUUUUUGGGAAGGAUAGUGAAGGAGACAAACGAAGCCUGGUCCCGUGGGUGGGAUCCCUCCCUUCCGAUCUGGAUCUACCUCCUCCUAAAAAUUCCACCGUGGGUGUUUCUGUUAUUUUCUGUUGAUUUUGUUUAGAUCUGUGUUUUAAGUUAUUGGAGUGUCAUGCCCCUUGCACACACUCACUCUCAUCUUGCAUUAGACACCUUUUGAAAUAUUCAUCCAUGGAGAAAGUUUUGACCAAUAGAGGAUUAAGGAGAUCUUCAACUGCAAGCAUUUUCUCCAUCGUUGACAAUCAUCAAGUCCAGGGGGCAAGCUUAGAAGGACAAGAACCAAGAGCAGCCUUGAAGAUCAAAAGCUCAAGCACAUCACACUUCAUGUUGCUCCAGCAAUCAAGGGAUUCAUCAAGGAAAAGAAUGAAACUUCUCAUUAAACAAUUGUAGUUUGAAAGAUCUAGGAGCCAGAUUUUACUAGGGACUUGAAUGCUACCAUGUUGAUGUACUUAGUGUGAUGUACUAGGCUUCUACUUUGUAAUGAAUGACCAUCUUUGUA